AUGGCCGACCCGAGCGUGGUAGAGCUUUGGGUCCUCUUGAGCAUUGGGCUAUUUACCAUAGCGCUAAGGCUCUUUGCUCGGUGGCAUGCAGUUGGCUUCAGAAACUUUCAGGCUGAUGAUUACCUCAUGAUAAUCGCCUCCGGAGUAUAUGCCGCCGAGUCCUCUUUCGCAUACAACGUUAUUGCGGAUUACAAUGGCCUCGCGAACAACGGGAUGACGGAAGAGGAACGGGCAGCCCUUGACCCCAAUAGUGAAGAAUAUGCCAAGAGAGUAGGGGGCUCGAAGACUCAAGUGUCUGGAUGGGUCACCUAUGUUCUCCUGCUAUGGGUAUUGAAGGCUGCUAUGUGCGCCUUCCUCCUUCGGCUAACGGAGAGACUUGACGGCUACCGAAUCCGUAUCUAUAUUGGCUUCGGACUUAUCAUCGCGACAUACAUCAUAGUGACGCUUUCGAUCCUCCUGUCGUGCCAGCCGCUGUCAAACAACUGGAAAAUAUACCCGGACCCAGGAAGGAAUUGCCAGCCCGCUGUAUCCUUGGUCAAUGUUCUCGUAACUUUGGCAUUCAAUAUCGCCACGGACUUGUACCUUUUGACGAUCCCGAUCCCCAUGUUCUGGGCAGCAAACAUCAAGACUUGGAAGAAGGUUGGGUUGAUUGUGCUAUUUUCCGGUGGAAUCUUCGUCAUGGUCGCGGGGACCCUUCGUUGUGUCCUCAUCUUGUCUGACGACGUAACUGGAGCCAAGAACGCAGGCGCGUGGGCGGUCAGGGAAACGUUUGUGGCGACAGUCACCUCCAACCUGCCGCUCAUCUUCCCGCUGCUCAAGGCCAUCCUCGGCCCCUUGGUGGGCUCGGCUUUCAGCAGCGCGAAGAAGACAUACUCGAACAGUAUACCUCUUGGCAGCAUCCCACUGUCCGGUGGAUGGAGGAACAAGAGCCAGAACCAUGGUCACAGUGUGUUCACGUCAACUCAUCGCCGUGGAUCCAGUGAUGCGGUAGAGUUACCGAAGCAAGGCAUCAAGGUUCAGAUGGAGGUCGAAGUCAGUGCUACGAGCUCCAACAUCAAGGACGGACAAGGUGAUCGGAGCAGUGUGGAUACCUACCUUGGAGAGAGCUAUGGUAAAUCAUUAUGA